CGACGAGCAGAGGCAGGCGUUCUUCGGGGCUCUGCUCGCGUGAAGAGAGGAUAGUAGAAAUGGUGCGAGCCCUCCGCACGGUGCUGCGGACCUUCGACACCGCGCGUUGGUGAACCGACACGCUUCAUCGGUCCCGUCCGCGAGAACACCGUCGGAAUUUUUCGUGAACCCGUCGAGGAGAGACCAGUUUCAAACUCAAAUACAUGUGGUGACAUAAAUCAAGAAACAAAACGAACUCUAAAACGAACAUUCGGUGGAACAUUUGUCGCGUCAAUUAGCAAUUAGUGCAAGUGAGAAAUCUAAGUCAAGUUACAUUAGUCAUCAAAGUUAUAUUAGUCAUCAAGAGCAACAGAAACUUUGCGAAUUGUGCGCGCAUGGGAGAUAACAUGCGCACAUGAAACAAUCUCGGUGAAAUACAAGAGAGGUUCACAAGAGAAGAUCGAGCAAAAGGGAAGUGCGCGCGAUAUCCAAAAAAAAAAAAAAAUCCGUUAUCAGAAAUUUGGGAAAGUCCAAUCAACGACGAAAUAUAUCUCUCGGGUAACUAACCGGAUAGCAAAGACAGUUUUGGUUGUGUUAUGGUGCUGAGGACUACCUCGGUCAGACGAGGCAGACGAAGAGGUCGCAGAAGAGAGGGUGACGGUAGCGGCAUUCCGCUAGCAGAUUCGCUUUGAGAAAUCGCUCACAUUGUUUCGACCAGUCGAGGAGAAAAGGUCUCUUGUGAAUCGUAAAACGAUGGGUGCAUUGAGGUCGUGUCAUUGGCUUCUCGCUGCGGUCGUUCUGACUGUCUCUUCGAGCUCGAUGGCAAGCGAGCAGCAGCAACUCGCAAGCUUAGAUUCCUCGGCCGUUGAAGGACAAACAGAUGAAACAAAUCGCACAGAAGUGACGACUGUUCGUCGGCGCAGAUACGUGCGAUUUCCCACGGGACCCGCUUAUCUCUUCGACGGCGGUCCGGCAACCGGCAGAAAUCUCGGACCACAUCCUGCGGGGCGUCUUGUUCCGCAAACUCAGUUCCCCGGUUCGUGGCGGCAGCAUAAAUCUCUGUGGAGGAGCCCCGUGAUCGCCGAUUACAACAGACCGGUGAUGUCCCAUCGGACGCCGCGACUGAUAUUUCGCGACAACGACUUCCUGCCGCCGAUCGGAGGUAACACCGCCUCCUUCUUCCAACAGACCAAUCAGUUACCGGAUUUCGAAGAUGAUGCCAGAGAUCACCGGAAGCAGAUUCCAGAGGAUUAUCCCAGACUAGAAACAGAGACGCGCCAACAAAAAAGACCGCUGUGGAAAGGCGACGAUACAUUGUGCGCGGACGGACGGAGCUGCGAAUUUUUUCUAAUGUGCUGGAUGACUGCUGGCCUAUUGGACGGCAGCUGCGGCGGCAUUAUGUUCGCGUGUUGUCACCGGAAAGAUCCUAAAGCUCUCAAUGAUAAUAACCUGAUCGAGUCGCCUAGAGAUCAAUCUCGGCCGCUUCCGCUGGAUUUGUACACGGAGACCUCGAGCGACGAUCGUUGCGGCAUACCGGUUGUCUCGAAGCAAAUCGCUCAGAGGAGGAUUGUUGGCGGCGACGACGCCGGUUUCGGUAGUUUUCCGUGGCAGGCUUAUAUACGCAUCGGAUCCAGUAGAUGCGGCGGCACUCUGGUCAAUCGGUUUCACGUUGUCACCGCUGGGCACUGCGUUGCGAAAGCGUCGGCGCGACAAGUUCAAGUCACUCUCGGCGAUUACGUAGUCAAUUCUGCGAGUGAAUCUCUGCCGGCCUACACUUUUGGAGUACGUGAAAUCAGAGUGCAUCCGUACUUUAAGUUUACACCGCAAGCGGAUAGAUUUGAUGUGGCCGUUCUUCGAUUGGAUCGACCGGUUCAUUAUUUGCCCCAUAUAGCACCUAUAUGCUUACCAGAGAAGAAUGAAGAUUUCUUGGGGCAGUACGGCUGGGCAGCUGGAUGGGGCGCUUUGCAAGCCGGUUCGAGAUUGCGACCCAAGACGCUGCAGGCGGUGGACGUGCCCGUGAUCGAUAAUCGCGUUUGCGAGCGGUGGCAUCGAUCCAACGGCAUCAACGUUGUCAUUUACGACGAGAUGAUGUGUGCCGGUUACCGCGGCGGCGGUAAAGACUCGUGUCAGGGCGAUAGCGGCGGACCGUUGAUGUUAGAGAAAACCGGUCGGUGGUAUCUCAUCGGCAUCGUUUCCGCCGGAUACUCUUGCGCACAACCGGGUCAACCAGGUAUCUAUCAUCGCGUGGCCAAGACCGUCGACUGGAUCACGUACGUCAUAAACUCAUAGCCGUCGACCACAGGAUAAGUUGCUCUCAGGAGAAACCUGAAUAUUCUCUUUGUUUGAGCUGAACUUUGUAUGACACGAAGUUCGAGCAUUCUGCGUGCCGAGAGAGAGAGAGAGAGAGAGAGAGAAAAAAAAAAGAGGGAGAGAGAGAGAGUAAGAGAGAAAGAGAGAGGAAGAACGUUCUUAGGACCUGCGAUCGCGACUGAUUGUGAGAAAUAACGUAAGGACGGUCGAGUUUAAAACAAGAACGUAGUAGUUUUAAAUGACUUUUAAGAAAGAACUGUUUAAACAAGGUUAUAGUCACACAUCAUACAAAGUUAUCAUAGCCAUUUUACUUUUUACAGAAAUGUAAAAAUUAUUUAAAUAAAAUCUAUGUCGCGCAAGUUGCGAAAAGAUUUUCUUCGAUAUGUUAGCGAGUGCGAUUCCGCGUUGUUAAUAUUGUUCACGUAAAAAAAAAGAAAAAAAAAACUCAUAAAGAGAAUCGACAUUCCAUAUAUGUACCAUGAUAUUACGUAAGUAUUUCUGUUGACACAAGCGGGCGGCGCAAGUGUGCUGAAUUUUACCGUUGCGAAUGUAUUGUAAAUUAAAGCGUGUAUGACACAUGUAUGGAUUUGCGAUUAAUAAAUGCUAUGUUUUCGA